UGGAAGUUGUAGUUUUUAGUUUAGUUCGGGAGACCCAGAUGUGUUUUUUUUCCUUGUAUCUUUUAGCUGAAUUCAUCAGCCAGGCAGGGAUAUUCCAGACUGCAUUAAAGCAAAGAGAAUUCCAGUGAAACCCAUCCAAGGCCAGAAGAUCAGAACAGACGGGCUUCUGAGAUUAAGCCAAGGUGAUAGAGAGCAGACUCUCUCUCUCUCACACACACACACACACACACACACACACACACACACACACACACACACACACACACACACACACACACACACACACACACACACACACACACACAUACAUACACACGCAUACACACAUGCACAAAAUACCAAGCAAGAGCUGUGCUGGAGACUAACUGCUGAGACAACCCUACUCUGCCAACCAUGGCAGUGCCUCCACCCAUGAGUUCUCCAGACCCCACCCCUCCAGGACCCUCCCCCCUCAGCUCUCAAGUGCACGCUGCUGCUGUCAAUGGAGACAAGAGCACCCUACAGAAGCUCAUCACAGCGGAUCCUGCUCUGAGGGACAGUGUGGAUGGCUUUGGCAGGACCCCUCUGAUGUACUGUGUGCUGGCCGAUCGGUUGGACUGUGCUGAGGCUUUACUGAAGGCAGGAGCUGCAGUUAACCAGAGAGACCACAGCCACCGCACCGCACUGCACCUGGCAGCUCAGAAGGGCAACACUCGCUUCAUGAAGCUGCUGCUGUCGCGGCGGGCCGACUGGCUGCUGAAGGACCGUGAGGAGAUCACAGCACUGCACCUGGCCACCCGCCACCCCUCUCUUAAGCCCCUCGCCCUGCUGCUCAGACACAUGGGGCCAGGGGAGGUGGACACCCAGGACAAGAACAAGCAGACAGCUCUGCACUGGAGUGCGUUCUACAACCACGCGGAGCAUGUGAAGCUCCUGAUCAAGCAUGACUCCAACAUCGGCAUCCCUGACAGCGAGGGCAAGAUCCCACUGCACUGGGCCGCUCACAACACUCACCCCAACGCCACACACACCGUCCGCUGCAUCCUGGAGGCUGCUCCCACCGAGUCUCUGCUGAACUGGCAGGACUAUGAGGGCCGCACGCCGCUGCACUUUGCUGUGGCCGUGGGGAACGAGGAGGUGGUGAAGGCGCUCACGUCAUACGAGGGCUGCAGCGUCACCGCCUACGACAACCUGUUCAGAACCCCGCUGCACUGGGCUGCCCUGCUGGGUCAUUCACAGAUUGUCCACCUGCUGUUAGAGAGGAAUAAAUCUGGCAGUAACCCAUCAGACAGCCAGGGCGCCACACCUCUUCACUAUGGAGCUCAGAGUAAUUAUGCGGAUACCGUGGCAGUGUUCGUCCGGCACCCUUCUGUGCGAGAUGAGCCAGACCUGGAGGGGAGAACCGCGUUCAUGUGGGCUGCUGGGAAGGGCAGUGAUGAUGUUAUCAGAACCAUGCUGGACCUGAAAGCUGACCUGGACAUCAAUAUGGCCGACAAAUAUGGAGGAACAGCGCUGCAUGCGGCGUCUCUGUCGGGUCACGUGUCCACUGUGACUCUGCUGCUGGAGCGAGGGGCAGCCGUGGACCCGCUGGACGUCAUGAGACACACGCCGCUGUUCCGCGCCUGUGAGAUGGGCCACCGAGACGUCAUCCUCACACUCAUCAAAGGUGGUGCUCAGGUGGACCUGGUGGAUAUUGACGGGCACUCUGCGCUGCACUGGGCGGCUCUGGGGGGCAACGCGGAGGUGUGCGAGGUGCUGAUGGAGAACGGGCUGGGGCCGGACCUGCAGGACAGCGCGGGCCGGACGCCCCUGCAGUGCGCCGCCUACGCCGGCUACAUCAACUGCAUGGCCCUGCUGCUGCAGCACGACGCCGACGCCAACAUCCAGGACAAAGAGGGUCGAACAGCUCUACACUGGUCGUGUAAUAACGGUUACCUGGAUGCAGUGAAGCUGCUGCUAGGCUGUGGGGCUUUUCCCAACCACAUGGAGAACAAUGAAGAAAGGUACACCCCGCUGGACUACGCGCUGCUGGGCGAGCACCAGGAGCUGACGCAGUACCUGCUGGAGCACGGGGCCAUGUCCAUCGCCGCCAUCCAGGACAUCGCCGCCUGCUCCAUCCAGGCGCUCUUCAAGGGCUACCGCGUGCGCCGCGCCUUCAGGGAGCGCAAGAACCUCCUCAUGAGGCACGAGCAGCUGCGCAAGGACGCCGCCAAAAAAAGGGAAGAGGAGCGCAGACGAGAAGCUGAACAACAGCUCUCAUUGGCUGGAUCGCUGGAUCAGCAGCUUUCAUUGGCUGAUCAGGCCCCUAGUGUGGGCGGGAAGAGAAGGGUGAAAGCUGAAGACACGUCCAAAAGAGGAGCCUCAAGAGCACAACACCGCAAAAGUGAGUCGCCUCAAUCUCAGCAAGGUGGUGUGGAGACCGAAGAGGUGUCUGGGAGGGCGAGAGUGUGUGUGCCAGCCAUGUGUGUGUCGGCGGUGGUGGCUUCCGAGCGCCUCUCUCCCGCCGGCUCAAGUCGCCCUGGCAGUGCCAAACCCCAGCUUCCAAUUGGCACCGAGACUCAGCCUCAGCCUCAGCCCAGGGUGGCCACAUCCCGCCCCAGCGGCGCGGCCAAUCCCCACUCAGCCUCAUCCUCAGCCUCAGCCUCAGCCUCGGCACGCCAGCGGCUCACGGACAGGGACGGGGUGUACCGGAGGGAGAGAGAGAGGAAGACGGACAUGGAGAGGGAGAGACGGAAGAGAGACAUGGAGCAGAGGAGGAACCGGGCCGCCAAGAUGAUACAAAGCGCCUGGAGAAGGCAUCGCACCAGAGCUCUGCUGAGGGAGGUCUUGUGCAGAAGGCACAGGCGUGUGGAGCCGCCUGAGGUGACCGCGCUCGUGGUCCAGCUGCUGUGGGAGCGGCCCGUGACUCACGGUCAAGCGCGCGCCAAAGCCAGGGCCAAGCCCCGAGCCCCGCCCACCAAGAGCACCGCCAAGAAGUCCACCGUCCUGCAGAAUAUCUAUGGGGGAUCACAAACCAGGAGGGGUGGAUUCAACAGAAUAACGACGCCAUUAAACAGCUCCAGUUACUCGCUCCUGCCGCUUAAAAACAGCAGCACAUUGAGCGGUAUGGAGUGUGUGCGUGUGGACUCCUCGCCGGCCAGGCAGUACUCGUACCACAUGAGACCCCUCAGCAAGGACGCACAGCGGCAGAGCCGGACCAAGAACUGAGCUGACCUGAGAACAGCGCAGCGCAGGGGCCCGCUCCCCCAGCCACCACAUCACACAGCCAAACCCAAAUCAAAACCACCCUUAAGCCAACACGGCCCCGCCUGAAGAGCUGCAGGUGUUGCCCUGUGCAAGACUCUCAUUUUGAAACAGCACGCGCGCACACACACACAGACGCACGGACAGACUCUCUUUUGUGUGUGUGCCACAUAGGAGGCUUGGCCGUCUCCCAGGUCUCUGGAAAGUGUUGUCGUCAUGACAACCUAAGGAGGCCAUGGGGUUAAAAAUACAGACAUGGCCCACCUUCCGUGUGCCUGACACACACACACACCUGACUAAACAGAGACCACUGGCAGGUGCACCUGAAGACAGUUCACUGCCUGAUGUAACCCCCCCCCCCGCCCCCAUCUCUCUCACCUGCAUGCCUGUCUCCCCUCUCUGCUGUGCAGACGUAUCUUGGUAAUGUCAUAGUUUGUUUCUCCUCCCUGGCAUGUUAUGACAAGUGUGACAUGCAGUCAUGUUAUUGGACCCACCAGAAUGAAAUGAGAAAUGAAAGGUGUAAAUGGACAUGUUGUUUGGGCUUGAGGGGAAUGGAUCAACUGGGCCUCAUGUGCAGCAAGGCCCUCCUUCCGCACAAUGUGAGCUAAGGGAUGUUCAGCUCAAUCCAUUGCACAUCUCCCCACACUCAUGUUCUGCAAUGUGUAGUCCAUCCCAAACUGACAAAGAAGCCUGAACAUGUCUUCAUUCAAAUAUACAAUGUUUUGUAGCAAAUGUUUUUUUGUUUUUUUCCAGUACCUACCAAAAAUGGAGGUGUGGAACAAUGCUGGAAAAAUGUAAAAAUGUGUCCAAAUAGUUCUUUGUAAAAAAAAUACAAAAUAAAAUAAAAUGGUCUAAUUCUAA